AUGCCGCCGCGCAAGUCCAACCCGCGCAAGAGCGACACAUCCACCGCCCGCUUCGUCCCCAUGGACGACGCAACACCCACAGAGCCCAGCCCGGCCCCUACGCCAGCGGCUGCUGCCACUCCUGCUCCCGCCUCGACGCCAGCUCCUGCGGCUGCCGAGGCGGUCGACACCACCUCCCCCACAGCGGCGGCGGCGGAUAAGAAGGACAAGGACAAAGAUAAGGACAAAGACCAUAAGGAUGCCGUGACUAUCGAGGACCUGACACUUCCCAAAUCGAUAAUAACCCGCUUGGCCAAGGGCGUUCUUCCGCCCAACACGCAGAUUCAGGCCAAUGCCAUCCUGGCCUUGAGUCAGAGCACCACAGUAUUCAUCAACUAUCUGGCCUCCCAUGCCAACGAAAACACCAUCAGCGCUGGCAAAAAGACCAUCGCUCCCGCAGACGUCUUCAAGGCCCUAGAGGACACCGAGUUCUCCUUCCUCCGCGCCCCCCUGGAAGCCGAAUUUGCUAAGUUCAAUGCCAUCCAGACUGAGAAGCGCACAUCUUACCGCCAAAAGGUCCGCGCCAAGAAGACUGACGGACCUGACACGGAUAUGCCCGACACUUCCCACGUCGAGACUGACGUGGAUCCCGACACGACCCUCGCUUCUGAGGCGUCGGGUCCUCGCACCAAGCGUGCCCGUGUCGACCCCGCCAGCGCCGGGGCGGCUGCCGAAGUUGAGGACGAUGCCGAGACGGAGGAGGACGAGCCUGUGCCUGAGGAUGAUGAUGAAGAUGAGGUUGGGGAGGAAGAAGAAGAGGAAGAGGACGAGGGCGAAGCUAGUGGCGACGAGACCCAGGAUGCUCUUGAGAUCAAAGAAGGAAAGGAAGAAAAGGACGAAGCUUUGGAUGGAGAUGAUAGUGAUUAG